AUGGAGGAGGACACGGAGUACAAGAAGCUCCCGAUCGACGAACGAUGCGUGCAUAAGCUGUGGAAGGCCCGCGUCGACGGGUACGAGGAAGCGGCCAAACAGUUCCGCACCAUCGACGACGAAAAGUCACCCGAGUGGAAUAAAUAUCUGGGACUGAUCAAAAAGUUCGUCGUCGACAGCAAUGCGGUCGCGCAGGAGAAGGGCCUCGAGACGGCACUGGUGUUUGUGGAGAACAGCGGUAACGCUGGCAAAACGGCCGGCGAGGUGAUGGGCGGCAUCGUGGCCAAGUGCAUCGGUGCACCGAAGACGAAAACCAAGGAGCUGGCGGUGCAGAUCACGCUGAUGUAUGUGCAUAUCGAGCGGCAGGAGACCGUGCUGGAGGAGCUGUUGAAGGGUACGGAACAGAAGAACCCGAAGAUAGUGGCCGCUUGCGUGAGCGCCAUCACGCUGGCGUUGCGUGAGUUCGGAAACAAAGUGAUCAACAUCAAACCGAUCGUAAAGCGGCUGCCGGCGUUGCUGAGUGAUCGUGACAAAACCGUACGCGACGAAUCGAAAGCGUUGACGGUGGAAAUCUACCGUUGGAUUGGUGCGGCAUUCAAAUCACAGAUAGCAUCGCUACCCGCCGUGCUGUUGACCGAGUUGGACACGGAAUUCGAGAAAAUUGGUAACGAAAAAGCCUCCCCGGUACGGUACCUGCGUUCGCAGCAGGAAAAACAGCUUCAGAUCGCGGCCGCGGCUGUUGAUGGGAAUGAGGGAGAGGAUGACGGUGACGGAGCGGAUGGUGGUGAUGCAGGGGAUGAAAUCGACCCGAUGGAUCUAAUCGAUCCGGUCGACAUACUGUCGAAGUUGCCGAAGGAUUUCUACGAAAAACUCGAGGCGAAAAAGUGGCAGGAACGCAAAGAAUCACUGGAGGCGUUGGAGACGUUGCUUCAGAACCCCAAACUACAGCCGGGCGAUUACGGUGAUGUGGUGCGAGCGCUGAAGAAAAUCAUUACGAAGGAUACGAAUGUCGUGCUGGUGGCGCUGGGCGGAAAGUGUUUGGCAAUGCUAGCGAAGGGUUUGGCGAAGAAGUUCACCACUUACGCGGGGGCUUGCGUGCCAGCAAUAUUGGAAAAGUUCAAAGAGAAGAAAUCAAACGUGGUGACGGCUUUGCGCGAUGCGAUUGAUGCCAUCUACCCGUCAACCUCAAUGGAAGCCAUCUUGGAGGAUGUGCUGGAAGCGCUGGGGAAUAAAAACCCUAACGUAAAAAUGGAAACGGCUUCAUUUUUGGCCCGGUCAUUCACCAAAACCCAGCCCGCGGCGCUGUCCAAAAAGAUCUUAAAACCAUUGAUAGCGGCCCUGCUAAAAACGCUAAACGAAUCCGAUCCGGCAGUUCGUGACGCGUCGGCGGAUGCGAUUGGUACCGCCAUGAAGUUGGUCGGUGACAAAACCAUCGGACCGUACCUGACCGAAGUGGACGCGCUCAAGAUGGCCAAAAUCAAGGAGUGCUGCGAGCGGGCGGUCAUCACCGUCAAGAUACCGGUGGUUCGUAAGGAACGUCCGGCGACCGCACCACCGAAGACAGUCAUGGCGGGCAAAAAGGCGCCCUCGGAGGCAAAACCACCCACAUCCGCUGGUGGUGGUGGCAUGACACAACAACGACCAGCAACGGCUACGGUUGUGAAGAAGGUAGUCUCCGGUGGUGGAAUCAAAAAAAGUGCUACGGGCGGUUCUCUUGGUGGAGGCGGAAGAGCUGGUGGAGGUGCGGCUUCCAAAGCAGGAGCGCAGUCGGCCGCAAACACGGAAAAGGAUUUGUCGCAGGAAGAGAUUGAUGAGCGUGCGAGUGAAAUGCUGCCGGCAGACGUCUGCGUCGGGCUCGCGGAUGCGAACUGGAAAACGCGCCUCAGUGCCGUCGAAUCGUUUGCUGCGGCCGUUCCGAGUCUGGAUGCGAAACCGGGCUUGUCCCAGGUGUUGCUACGGACGCUGGCGAAGAAACCUGGCCUCAAGGAUACCAACUUCCAGGUGUUGAAGGGGAAGCUAGAUGGGGCGCGAGUAGUUGUGGAGCAGUACGGCAUCACGACGACCACGGCCGAUUACCUGUUGACUGACGUUACGGAGAAGCUGGCUGAUGCGAAGAAUGGAUCGGGUGCGGCUGCGCUCCUAACCGCCAUCGCAGAAGGUGGCGCUCGGCUGGAUUACACCGUGCAACGUGUGAUGGAGUUUGCCUUUGAACAGCAAAAAUCCCCUAAAGUACAGCAAGAGGCUCUGGUGUGGGUGGCGACAGCGUUGCGGGAGUUUGGGUUCCAGGUGGAACCGAAAGGGUUGCUUGAGAGCGCCCGUAAAGCGGUGCAAAGCAUCAAUCCUGCCGUUCGCACCGCCGGUAUCGGACUGCUGGGUACGAUGUACCUGUUCAUGGGCCAACCUUUGACGAUGUUCUUCGACAGUGAAAAGCCGGCCCUGAAGCAGCAGAUUAUGGCCGAGUUUGAGCGAUGCGCCGGACAGAAACCGCCCGCACCGACGAGGGGUGCCAUUGCAAAGACGGCGUCCUCGGGCGGUGACGACGAAGAAGACGAUGGAGGUGGCGGAGGCGGCGAGGAUGCGGCACCGAUGGUGAACGUGAACGAUCUGUUGCCUAGGAUCGACAUCUCGGGUCAGAUAACAGAAGCGCUGCUGACGGAGCUAUCGGACAAGAACUGGAAGACACGUAACGAAGGUUUGGUCCGGCUGCAAACGAUCAUAGCAGAAGCGAAGCUCAUUAAAUCGACGCUCGGUGACUUGCCGCAAGUGCUCGCGCAGCGGUUGGUUGACAGCAAUGCCAAGAUUGCGCAAACGUCGGUCGAAAUCUGUCAGCAAAUGGCGAUCGCGAUGGGACCACCUUGCCGGCAGUAUGUGCGCGCCUUUUUCCCCGGGUUUCUGAAGGGGCUGGGAGAUAGCAAGAGCUUCAUCCGUAGCGCCUGCCUAUCCUGUAUCAACACCUGGGGCGAGCAGGCAGGGUAUAAGGACUUUUUCGACGGUGAGAUGAUUGCCGAUGCGCUUAAAACGGGAAGCCCGGCGUUGCGAACGGAAUUGUACGCGUGGUUGGCAGAGAAGCUGCCCAACAUGCCGCCGAAGAGUAUUCCAAAGGACGAGCUUGUGGCUAUGCUACCCCAUUUGUACACCCACAUCACAGACCGAAGCGCGGACGUGCGCAAGAACGCCAACGAUACCAUCCUGGGCGUGAUGAUUCAUCUCGGGUACGACGCGAUGGUAAAGGCGUUGGACAAGCAGAAACCGAUCUCACGGAAAGACAUUCAGGCGGCUCUAGAUAAGACUCGUCCCAGCCUUCCUGUUAAGCAGAUCCCGGUCAAGGCGGCCCCUGCGGUUGAAGAUGCAGCUCCUGCCAAGGGUGGAUUAAAGCUGAAAGCACCUAAAUCCGCUGGCGCUGGUGGGGCUGGAGCUGGCGGUCGUAUGGGAGCGGGUUCCGCAGGGUCAGACAAAGCGGCCAGUGGUGGAGGUGGUGGAGCAGGUACAGGCUUGAGUAGUGCUGGAAGUGGAGGAAGCUCUUCACGCAAAAAGGAAGAGGACGCCGACUCGUUAGCGCCGCUCUUGGCCGUAAACGGGAUGAAGAAGCAGCGCCAGGUGGACGAGCAGAAACUUAAGGUGUUAAAAUGGACGUUCACAACGCCGCGAGAAGAAUUCUAUGAGUUGCUGAAGGAACAGAUGCAAACUGCAAACGUGAACAAAUCGCUAAUGGUGAACAUGUUCCACGAGGAUUUCCGUUACCACCUAAAGGUAAUAGACGCGCUGAUGGAGGAUUUAGCCUCCAACGAGGAAGCGCUCAUCUGCAACCUGGAUCUGGUGAUGAAGUGGCUGUCGCUGCGUUUCUACGACACAAAUCCGUCCGUUCUGCUGAAGGGGCUCGAAUACUUGAACCAGGUGUUUCAGCGGCUAGUCGACCGGCAGUACGCGCUCGUCGAUAUCGAGGGCAGCUCUUUCGUGCCGCACUUGCUGAUAAAGAUCGGUGAUCCGAAGGACGUGGUUCGGAAUGGGGUGCGCACACUGUUGCGCCAGAUUUGCCUGCUGUAUCCGUUCUCGAAGGUGUUCGUGUUCAUCAUGGAUGCGCUCAAGUCAAAGAACGCACGCCAGCGAGCCGAGUGUCUGGACGAGCUGGGUUAUCUUAUUGAGACGUACGGACUGACCGUCUGCCAGCCGUCGCAACCGGUCGCCCUGAAGGAGAUCGCUCGGCACAUCUCAGAUCGUGACAAUGCGGUCCGUAACGCUGCGCUGAAUGCGGUUGUGCAGGCAUACUUUUUGGCCGGUGAGAAGGUGUACAAAUUGAUCGGCCAGCUGUCCGAAAAGGACCUGUCUAUGUUGGACGAGCGCAUCAAGCGGUCGAAAAAGGCGUCUGUGGUUCCGGCAAAAAAGCCAACCGUACCUGGCGGUGGAGCGAAUCUGAACGAGACCACGAUCGUCGCGAAGGAGACCAUCGUGGAGUUGCCCACCGUUGGCGGCGGCGAUGGAGGUGUGGAGGAUGUCAUCGAAGAGGAUGAAGCAAUGAUGCCCAACCCGAUGUAUUCGGAAGCAGUACCCAUGAAAAUCGUUAUACCGGAGCCUCCGCAGCCGAGGGUGGUGAAGGGUCCGUUCAAGCUAGACGAGAAUGUAAUAACGGACAUCGAGCGGAACUGGGUGAAGGCCGACGAUCUGGGCAAAACCGUGCUUAGCCCGAUGGAUGAUUCCUUCAUCUACGACGAGCUGAAGGUGAUCUCGGUAAACGGUGUGACGUACCCCGAGGAAAAGUUCCAGCAGCUCAUCCAACGCAACCAGCUAUCGUCAGCGGGAUCUGGCGGUCCGGGUGAAUCGCCCGUACAUCACCAUCACACGCUCCCCAGUAUUCGACCGACGAUAGAAAGCGUUGGAUUGACGCCGAAAUCGAAGCCUACGCCUCCUGUCACGCCAAGCUUAACCGAUGCCCUGCCGAAAAUGGAUCAAAACUUGGUACGGAUAAUUCGCGGGAUUGCGAACAACGAUACGUAUGCUGCACACGCCGCUUUGAACGAGCUAACCGAUAUCAUGCAAUCACCAGAAAAGCAGGCAGUUUUGCGAGGUUACGAAGAGAUGUACAUACAGAGCGUACUGCAGCAGUUUAAGAAUAUUCAACAAAAGCCACUGUCCGAAUCGAUGACCAUCUACCAGCCGCUGUUACACAGUAUUUUCAUAUUCUUUGCCUCGAAAUCGCUCGGAAAGCAUCUGACGAUCGUUUCCAUCAAGAACAUCAUCUCGGUGCUGCUCGGCCUAAUGGCGGAUAAUCGCCUUGUGACGGGCAUCGACGAUGCACAGUUUGUGAAGGUGGUGAAUGGGAUCUGUCUGAAGAUCUUGGACCGGACCAACUUCACCUACAUGAACUGCGCCCUUAUCCGGCUGCUGAAGGAAUCUUGCCAGACCAGCUGCUUGCCAAAGUUUACCGAUCUACAGAUGAAGUGCAUCUGGCGUAACGUGAAGGUCAUCCCCGACCGAUUGGCCGAGCUUGACUAUGAAGUAGUGCUGCUCGAGGUGCACGAUUUCAUGCUAACCCUGCCUUCGACGUGGUGGCAAACACGGCCCACCGAUAUGCCGCUGCGGACGGUGAAAACCAUCAUUCACAACAUGACAAAAAUCAAGGGCAAUGCGAUCCUGCAACACCUAAACACGAUCCCCACGCGCUCGGAAUUGCACUCCUACGUGUUGCGCAUCCUGAAGAACAUCAACAAGGAUUCGUCGGGCACGGGCACCGGCGAGGGCGAAGCUGGCGGUAAUACGGCCUCCUCUCGGCCGGGAACAGGCGGAAUGAUGGCUAUGGCGCAGCACAACGCGCUCAACAGUGACAAUAACAACCACGGUCCGCGUAGCAGCAUGAUUGGCGGUGGCGAUGGAGAUGGAAAUAGUACUACGGUGGUCGGUUCGGAAUACCAGAAGUAUAUUGCAGUAAACGCGGCCGCGGAAGCCAGACCGGAUGGAAGCAAGGGAGGCCCUCAAAACAAACAGAAUCCCGAAUUCUGGAUGGAUCGACUGAAUCACCUGCUGAAAAAAUCAACCGACGGAAGCCAACAGCAUCGCAGUAGCCUGCUGGGUGCGACCGGUACGCAAUUAUCCAUGGAUGGCACAACGCUAGGUGGAUCGACAGUAGGUACCGGCGGUGGAGUCAUCACGGACGAAAACCUGAAUCUCAAUCAGCUGCAAGGUGGAAAGUACAGCAUCCGUCGCGGGCUGGACGCGGUCAGCCUAGGGCACGAUGGCACCCUCGGCGGAACAGCGAUUGCCGGCGAGGGUACGACGUCACAGCGGCGCGAACUUUUGGCCCAAAAGCUGGAACAACUGAAGCAGCAUAAGAGAAUGCCGUAG